GGCGCUCUUACAAAUUAUAAGCAGUUAAUUUGGCACCAAAAUGUAUUUAUUGGGAUGAAAUUAUGGAACAUAGAAAAAAAGGCGGCGAUUUCUUACACAUUUUGGUAGUCUUGGUUUCAAGACCUUCGUGUUUAUGUUUACCAAAAUUUCUAGAAAGAAUAUAUAGGUUUUCCCGGCCAAUUUCCUAAAAUGUUUAUUCGCUUCUGAAACUCAUUAAUUUUCGUCUGAAUUUGGGAAUCACUCUGAACAUGCGUGUAGCGAUUCCAUCUAAUCGAUGCAUUGUAGCAAGUCUAAUCCAUGUAUCCCAGCAUGCAUCACUCCUAACAUGGCCGCUCACUGUUCGUACGUGAACUCGUGUUGUCGUCCAAUAAACCUGGAAUAGUUCCCAACAUAUCGGAGUCUAUAAUUUUCUUCAUGGUGUCACUGAAGCUUCAUCAAACCACGUAGAAAUGGCUGCCAAUCCCUUGCUGUCGCUGCUUCCUGCAACCAUCAACGGUAAGACCCAUACCGAACUGCUGCAGGAGAUCCAGGAAUUCAAUGCAUUGAGGGGCGUACAUGAACUCGACGGUAAUCACUACGCUUGGCUCAUGCCAAGAGAUAACUUCGAUGCACUCAAAACCUUCCAAGUUCGAGAUGAUGACAUUUACAUGGUGACAUUCCCAAAGUCAGGGACUCACUGGCUCGGAGAGAUAAUUGACUACGUCAUGAGCGAAGGACGGGACGAUUUUGACCGCACCAACAUGUCGGCUGUGCUUGAGAUCACCAUGGAAGCCGACCCGUCGAAAUUUGCAAGUGCCACUCCUGGUUACAAGAUCUUAGAAACGAUGGCAUCGCCUCGGAUAAUGGGUACGCACUGCCUGCCGAACCUGCUUCCUCCACAGGUCAUGGACAAAAAACCCAAGAUGUUUUACUUGGCUCGGAACCCCAAGGAUUUGAUGGUAUCCUACUUCAUCUUCAUCAAACCAUUCCUGACUCCUACACUUCAGACGUGGGAGGGAUUUCUGUUUAUGUUGGUUGCUGGACAGAUGGUCGGCGGGUCUUGGUUUGAUCACGUGCUAAGUUACUGGGAACGUCGGAAUGAUGACAAUUUGCUGUUCCUAAAAUAUGAAGAUCUUCACAAGGAUCUGAAAGGAAAUAUUCGCAAAGUUGCCGCCCACUUGGGGAAGAAUUUGUCUGAUGACGUCAUCGAUAAGAUUGCAGAACGUGUGACCUUAGCCGGGAUGCAGAAAACGUAUAAAAAUAUAGAGGAAGCCCAUGGCGAAAAGGGGAAAAAGAUGACACACUUGUUUGGAAUGGCGCCAUACUUGAGGAAAGGUAAAGUUGGGGGCUGGAAGGAGGUCUUUACGGCUGAGCAGAGCGCCCUCUUUGACAUGAUUUACGCAGAAAAGAUGAAGGGAUCUGGUCUUGACUUCGACUUUGAGCUUUGAUGCUCUGCCCUUGAACUAGAAAUUUGCAGUCUUUUUUUGCAACAACUAUACUUUAUGUCGAAAAGUCAGUUAUGAAUUCUCAACAAUAUUUGUAACUUUAAUAAUGCGUAAAAACAAUGGUAACUUUCAUUAUUUGCUCAAUAUUUUGAACGCCAAUAUUACAGACGUGCAACUUUAUUUGUAAAUAAACUAUAAAAAAAGGCAACCGUUAACCCUGAAGGGGCCGGGUUAUUUUGACCAUCUCUCAGCCGGGGGGGGGGGGGGGAUUCCGCCC